AUGGAAUGUCUCACCAGUGGCAAUGAUCAUGAUGGCGGUGCACUCAUGUUUGGUAGUGCAAGUGUCGACGCAGCCACCACCACAUUGGCUCAUGUUGCUAUUUCACCUGACCUUUGCACAGCGAUUGCACCAUACUACAAUGUAGAUUCGAAUCAUCAGUCCCUAAGCAGAAUGUUGGAACUCCCCAAUGAAGUAACACUCAGAAUCCUAGCAGAGUUGGAACCAUCGGAUCUAAGCUCAGUUCAACUCACUUGCCAUACAUUCUAUCGUUUCUGUGAAGAAAAUACAAUUUGGAAAGCAAUCUGUAAAAGAAAAUGGUCAAGUUCACCUGUUUUCAAAAGAAGACCUCUAACAAGUUGGAGACAAUAUUAUUCAAGAAAAUUAUCUUUAUUAGAUAGUAAUAAUGGAUUAUGUUGGAUUGAAAUAAAAGCUUCUGGUGAAAAACCAUCUCCAAGAUAUCAGCAUACAAGUACUGUAAUUGGAAAAUAUAUUUAUUUAAUAGGAGGACAAGAAUUCCCUGAAAAACGAUUUAAUGAUAUUUUUAGAUAUGAUACUGAAUCAUAUACAUUUGAAAGAAUAUCACCAAGAAUGGGAAUACCACCAAAAUUCGCAAGACAUAGUGCUGUUGCUAUUGAAUCAAAAAUCUUUACAUUUGGUGGAUUCAAUGGAUUCAACAAACAUUUUAAUCUAUGUGUCUAUGACACAAUCGAAGAUUCUUGGGAAUAUAUUGAUUCAAAAGGAGAGAUUCCUAUUCCAAGAACCAAUCAUGCAGCUUCUGUAAUUGGAAAGAAUAUGUAUAUUUACGGUGGAAUGUACAAAGAAGCAAAUAAUGAAUUAAUUUUCUUGGAUGAUUUAGCAUGUUUUAAUUCUGAAACUCAUACAUGGAAAAAAUUAAAACCAACUGGUGAUAUACCUCCUGCAAAGUGUGGACAUAGAUUACUUACUUUUGAAAACAAAUUGUUGUUGUUUGGUGGUGGAUUCGGUUUCCAAUGGGAAAAGAAAUAUAAUGAUGUUCAUAUCUAUGAUCCUUUAGUGAACAAAUGGUCAAAAGUCAAUGUCAAAGGUGAAGCACCUGUAUGUACAUUUAGUACAUGCUUUAGUGCAGGACCUUUCCUAUUUGUAUUUGGUGGUCAAUCUAUAAAGUCGGAUUUGCUUACCAACGAUCUUUUCAUGUUGGACACUGUCAAUAUGGAAUGGACCAAGAUCGAAACACAAUGCCCUCCAUUCCCAAGAGAUAUGGGUUCUGGAAGUAUUGUUGGUUCUAAUAUGUACAUCUUUGGUGGAUAUAUGUCGCAAGCUAUCGAUGGCUUCGAUUGUCUUCAACUCAAGGGAAAACUUGAGUCUUUGAAUCAUCAAUUUCCAAGUUUAAGUCCACUCUCAUAA